CGCAAAAAAGAAAAGAAAAAUAAAAAAGAAAAAGCUUGGAAGUGGGGCUGGUCCUCACGCGGGCUGCUCCUCUCAAUCUCAACUGAGGAAGACCGCCGACGCCGAAUCGCCUCCGCCACCGCCGCCAUGCUGUUCCUCCGAAGGCAUGUCCUCCCUCUCCUUCGCGCGGUCUCCCCGCUUCCCUCCCCUAUCUACCACCGCGCCUGCCUCCUCUCCACCUCCACCUCGGCCUCCGCCGCCCCAUUCUCCCUUGAGGACUACCUCGUCGCCGCCUGCGGCCUAGCCGCAGCUCAAGCCAGGAAGACAGCCCAGAAGGCAUUCGAUGGAGCAUCUAAAGAUAGCAGGAAGGCAUUCGAGGAGAUCUCCAACUGCCGUCUCAACUCCGCCUCCAACCCCGACGCCGUCCUCGCCCUGCUCUCUGGCGUCGGCCUCUCCCGCGCCGACAUCGCCGACAUCGUCGUCGCGGACCCGCUUCUCCUCCGCUCCUCGCCCAAGAAGGUCGGCCCUCGCCUGCUCGCGCUCCGCGACCGCCUCGGUCUGUCCGCUCCCCAGAUCGUUCGCUUCCUCCUGGUCGGCUCACGCGCUGUCCGCGGCUGCGACGUCGUUCCAAAGCUCGAGUUCUUCAUCUCCUUCUACGGCUCAUUUGAAAGGCUCCUCGUGAUCUUAAAGAAUCACAACUGCAUUCUAUGGUCAGAUCUUGAAAGGGUGAUCAAGCCUAACAUCGCGCUGCUUCAUCAGUGCGGCCUAAGUGUUCGAGAUAUUGCCCGUCUGUUCUCACUCAGAGCCAGGGUGCUUACAUUCAGACCAGAGAGCAUCAAGGAGAUAGUGCUACGCGCGGAAGAGCUUGGGGUUCCUUGCAGCUCGCGAAUGUUCUGGCAGGCGGUGGCGGUCGUCUCAAAUAUCAGCAAAGAGAAGGUUGCUGCCAGGCUCGAACUUUUGAAGAGUACUCUUGGUUGCCACGAGAGUGAAAUUGCCACUGCAGUGUCCAAGAUGCCAAGCAUUCUAACAAUAUCUGAGGAGAGCCUUCACCGCAAGAUUCGGUUCUUGAUCAACGAGGUUGGACUGGAGCCUCAGUACAUUCUGCAAAGGCCUGCCUUGUUCGGAUACAGCCUGGAGAAGAGGCUAGUGCCCCGGUAUUGUGUCAUGAAGGUCCUGCUGGCUAAGGGAUUGCUGGAUAGCAAUCGGAGUUUUUAUUCAUUCGCUCAAUAUGGAGAGGAGACUUUCAAAUUGAGGUGCAUUGACAGUCACCAGGACUCUGUUCCUGGGCUUGCAGAUGAUUAUGCCACAGCUCGUGCUGGUGUUGUGCCCUAUCAACUUUGAACACCUUAAAAUAUUCCAAUAUUUUUCAUAUUCUAGGCAGAUGAUAUAACUGCAACUCACGCUCAUUAGCAGCUGUCAAUGGUGCGGGCAUUCCCAAUUCUUCUUUCUGCAAUAGAACUAGUAAUCUCUGACUGCUCAUAGUCCAAGUUUAAGUUAUGGUUAUCUAUUAUUCUGUCAAGGACCUUACUGCACGUGUUUGUUAGUCGCUUCUUCUGUGUAGUAAAUGGCUGAAGAUUAUCCUUAAGUGAGUUGUUCUUCUGCGGAUAGGCUCUUGUUAUAGCACUUAGUCUAGAUGGAAUUUGACAGCACUAGCUUUCCCUUUUUCUCUAACAGUGUUUGCUCAGCAAGUUUUGUUUCUACUGACAUUUAUAGCACCCACCGAUACUUCUUUAAGGCUUGCCUAAUUCGUUUUUAGUGGAACGGAUUCAUUUUGUUUCUGCUAAUGUUUACAUUUUACUUCACUGAGGCUGAACCACUACUUUCAAGUAGUGGCCGAAAUUGCUACUGAGAAGAAACUCUCUAUGAAACAAUUGUGUAAACCAAAUUGUUGUGGCCAACAAUAUAUUCUUGAUUUUUAAGAACUGUUUUGGUUCCAUGGACCUCUGGCCAAGAUGGUUCUAUUUGGUGUUGAGGAAUGGGAGACUGACUGCCAAAAAUAGAUGGCAAGAACUAAUUCGUUGUUCUUGCAUUUUCCACAGAAUAUGCCCCUUUUAUACGGGUUAUCUUGACUUGCCCCCCUAAGAUUAUCUUAUUAUGUAAAUCUGAGACUGGCAUAUAUAGAGAACAUUAUCUCUUCUGGAAAUAAAUCCACGAAUAAGGAAACAAAAUAUCCUUUAACCAAAGCUUGUUUAUUAGCAUUUUGAUGAAUCCUGUGAUUUUUUAGCCUGUGCAUGAAGGCAGUCAAGGAGCUCUCCAACUGCCGCCUCCAACCCUGCUCUCCGGCGUCAGCCUCUCCGGCGCCGACAUUGCCAACAUCGUCGUCGCAGACCCGCUUCUCCUCCGCUCCACGGUGAAGAACGUCGGCCCUCGCCUCCACGCCCUUCGCGACUGCCUCGGUUCGUCUGCUCCCCAGAUCGCUCGUUUCCUCCUGGUCAGCUCACGCUUUGUCCGCCACCGCAAUGUUGUUCCCAAGCUGGAGUUCUUCAUCUCCUUCUAUGGCUCAUUUGAGCGGCUCCUUGUUAUCAUGAAUAAGAAUAAGAAGGGGAACGACGUCCUAUUUUCAGAUCUUGAGAGGGUGGUCAAAGCCUAACAUCGCGCUGCUUCGUCAGUGUGGCCUAAGUGUUGGAGAUAUUGCCCAGAGCAAAGUGCGGAUGCUUAGCUGAAUACCCAGAGCGUGUCCAGGAAUUGGUGCGACGCGUAGAAGAGCUUGGGGUGCACCACAGCUUGGGGAUGUUCAAGCACGCAAUUUCAGCUGUCGCCGAUAUCAACAAAGAGAAAGUUGCUCCCAAGCUCAAGUUUUUGAAGAGUACCCUUGGUUGCUCUGAGAGUGAAGUUGCAAUUGCAGUGUCCAAGAUGCCAUGUAUUCUAGGAUACUCUGAGGAGAACCUUAUCCGCAAGAUUCAGUUCUUGAUCAAAGAGGUUGGAAUGGAGCCUCAGCACAUUGUUGAAAGGCCUGCCCUGUUAGGACUCAGCCUGGAGAAGCGGCUAGUGCCCCCGACAUUGUGUCAUGAAGAUGCUGCAGGCAAAGGGGUUAUUAUGCUGCAGCUUGUGCUGGUGAUGUGCUCCAUGAAGUCCAACUAUCAUCCUGAAAUAUUUAAUAUUCUGGAUAUCAUUCAGGUGGAUUGUAGAAUUGCAACUCAUGCUCAUCAGCAACUGUCCAUGGUCUUUUUUCAGCAAUAGAACUACUGCUUAUCUUUAAUUGGUCAUAGUCCAAGUUUAAGUCAUUGUUAUCUAUGAGGAAUUUGUUUGAGUUACUCUGUAGACUUGCUGACGAGUAUAGUGUAGUAGUCACUUCUUCCUAGCACGACUUAAAUUUAAAUGAUCCUGAAAGCUAGCUGUUCUUCAGCAGAAUGGUCGUUGUAGUACUUGAUCUACUAGUAACAUUUUGGUAUUACUUCCAGUUUUGUCUUAUCAUGUUUGUUUAGCAUGAUUCUUAUCCGAGCUGAUGUUAAGAACCUCACACUUGCUUUGUUGUUCGAAUUACCCGUAGCUCAUUCUUGGAAGAUGAAAAAGGAAUUGCGUCCCCAAAUACUAACAAACCUACCGAUUGAAGGAAUUACCAAGUAGUUUGAUGACGAGAGUAAAGAAAGAGCAACGCACACAUAGCAGAGAUGCAGCCACAAAUUGUGUUGGAAGCGAUCUGAGGGCAGUCAGCUCAAAAUGAAAUCUGAUGGAAGCUUGACCGAAGGCUACGGGCAGGUGUUUCACCAUGAGAUGAGGAGAGGGUGAAUACGAAGCCGCAGGUAACAAGGACUUUCUCACUGAUCUGCUUAAAAGCAUAUUUGGUGGCCUCUGUGUCAGGCGGAAAGGUAGGCACUAGCUUGAUUGCUACGGAGAUGGAGCUCCACGAAGUUGUUCAAUGUGACAUUGGAAGCACCUGAGGCCUUGCUAGAUCAGAAUUCAGAACUAUUUGUAGCCGUUAUUGGAUCCAACCGAGCUAUUUGCACGGGUAACCUCGCAAUUAUUUUACAAGACACAGAAAUUUUGAAUUGUAUUGUACAUGACAAAAGAAAUUUCGAUU